AUGAAGGAAACAAACAAAAAUAGGAAUAUGAAAGCUAGGGUGUUCCCUCCAAGCGACGCACAGGGUGUAGACCCCCAUCCUGUGAAAAGUAAAAUAAAGGUCAAAACAAAAAAUACAAGGUUGACGAGUUUGAAUAUUGGAACACUUAAAGGUAAGACGAGAGAAUUGGCUUCAAUGUUGAACAAGAUAAAAGUUGAUAUAGUGUGCUUACAAGAGACGAAAUGGAAAGGUCAGAAGACUUUAAUGAUUGGAGAUAGGUAUAAAUUGUACUAUAAUGGAAUUGUUAGCAAUAGGAAUGGUGUCAGAUCAUCCUCAGUCAAGAUCUAA